AUGCCAAGGGGAAUUGAGAUGCCGGAUCUGCCCAUGGUGAAGGUGAAGGAGUGCAACGAAUGCUACGUAUACCACUAUACGAUUCUUGAAGCAUGUCCCAGUUGCGGUCAUCGUUCCGAAAGCGUCAAACACGACUCCUCCGACCCAGAAAACUAUGACAGGUUUACUUCCGACCUCAACUACCGCAGGUUCACUUUCGACAUCAAUAAGCUUGUCCUCCCGCAAUCUUCUACUCCAUCCCUUCUCGUGCCUACAUCUCUAAGUAAUGAUUUUCAGACGCGACCGUGGGCAUUAUCAUCCCGGGUCGACGAAUCUACACGCGUCCAUCUAAUCGCCAAAGCGAGUGCGAAUGCGGAAGUUGGCAACCAUUCCUUACUCAAGAGCCCGAUUGACGCGGAUUACGAAGGUGUAUUGGGCAUACCGCGGGACUGCGAUGCCUUGACAGUGUUUCUGCGGUCGGAGACAUCUAGAUUUGACUUACCUGAAAUUGUAAAGCACAUAACGGCACUCGGAACGUGUUGGAACAGGCCCACCGACUUGAACUAUCUGAAAGAAAAAGAUCAUCUUCCAUCUCAUUCUUCGGUAAUAGGAAAGGCCGACUCCGGGUACAUCACAGAUUCCGUCUAUAGCAGCUCAGCGAAUCAUAGUAACGGUUACCUCUUCCGAGGUCCCCAGGACCAGAACGUAUUUGGAAAAGCUGGAACAGGGUUUCCCAAGCCCUUACACCACAAUGUAGCAAGGGUUCCGAAUAAAUGCCUCGAAAUCUUCCUAGCGCUAGGAGGUAACCUCCGGGAACCGCGAUGCUCGUCGAAUAUGAGCGUCAGACCGAUCGACUCCAUCUCACAUAUCGGAUCAGAAAGAAGAUAUAGCCCUUCAAUCUCUUCACGGCAUUCUAGUAGCGACAAUGUAUCCACAAAAAGCAGCGACACAGAGAUAGAUCACUUUAGCGAAUGUGAAACUUCUGGAAACGACUCAUUCGACAACCUCUCGAUGAACUCCACCAUAUCCUAUUUGACCCAUGGAAUUGUCGACAGACUAAUGAACGACAUACAUUUCUUCUUUGAUUCUGAAUCUGGGAUCAUCAAAUGUACCAUCGGUACAUCCAACAGCAACAGACCAGUUCCAAAUGGGCAAACCAAUUCUGGGAACGGAAAGCGAGAGGAAAAUUCCUUCGGCGCAGGAAGAAAGCGGCCGAGAGGUCAAGACUGUGAUCCGGACCCUCCGGACGACAGCGACGACGAGGAUGAUGACGAAGAUAAUGGAGACAAGCGACGGAAGUUCUCAGUUUACGAUCGAGAUGAGUAUUCGCCUGAAUCUGCGUACGAACGAUAUUGUCGACGUGAGCUGCCGCGGAGAGUCCGGGCUGGGGUCGAAAAGCUCAUUCAGGAGUAUGUCACGCAAAUCGGCAAGGAUCUUGGUGUUGCUAUCGAAGCCGUUGUGCGAGAAAGCUAUGACGGAGUCAAAUUGACUUACCAAAGGGAUAUGAGCGCUAGUGCAGAUCGAGCAGCUUCAAUCUCGAUGCCAGCGAAUGCGAGUGACCUCAUCGCUCAUGGAAAAGAUUCCGCCCCAACAGGAAUUAACGAUGCAUCCAAAGAUUCUCUAAACGAGGCCACGUUCCAACCUCCCGGAAUGAUAUUCGAGGGGGCCAUUAAUCUGAGGAGUCUAGAACUACCUGCCACGUUUAUUGCCACGGACGUCGAAGCCUUCGAUGAUACUCUCGCCAGUUUCAGCCACUCUACACGGCAUAUGGGAUUUGGAUGUUCGUUCGACAACCUUGACGAGCCCAUCCCUCCGUCAGCAGAUCUAUGGCACUACAUCAAUUCCGGAGCGUCAUCUUCUACACUACUGCCUCUUGAGCAGGAAUUGGACUACAAGAACAAUUCAGAUGGCAUCGCGGAUGACAGGGGCGUCUAUAGCAUCAUACCUCCUAGCAAAGAAGGACUGCGUUGGGACAAUGUAGAUCUGCUACCGCAAGAGCAUGUUCGGUCCCCGGGGACUGAAGUCGAUGAGCUCGCGGCUCCAAUGGAUCUCUGGGAGUCAACAUGA